CGAAUUAGUGAUGCGCGAACCUCCGCGCGGAGAGGAUGGUUGUGGGGAAGGUUUGAAUUCGCGACGCGAACGCAUACAAGAAAAGAUUUGCGUGUUGUUGCCAGUCUAAUAAAAAAGUGCUUCCUGCGUCGUUGACGAUGUCGUCCUACUUUCGCGACUCGCCGAGAUUUUCGGACCGAACGCGCGGCAAGUCCGGCGACGAGCUGCUGCAGGAAGCCAAGCAGAAAUUCUACGAGGACGAUGACGCGUUUUUUGAACGUAGCAGACCCUCCAGGGAUUCCUUCGAUCGGCCAUUCCCGCAUUUUCCGAGGGGUUUCCCAUUUGACGACGACGUUGACAUCUUCGAGCGUCCACGCAGCGACGGUGUUCGCGCGCACCUAGACGAUCUCGCGGCGCGCCACCCUGAGCUCGCCGAGCACCUGCGCGGCCCACCUUGGCCGUUCGGCGGCUCCCCGUUACGUGAUCGCCGCCGCCGGCGCCGCGGCUCCAGUGGUAGCAGUAACGACGGCCAGCAACAACAGCAGCAGCAGCAGCAGCAGCAACAACAACAAGGUCAGCAGUAUCAAGUGGACGAGGACGCGCGUAGCCAGGCGAGCGGUAGUAGUGCCGCGAGCGGCGCGAGCGCCGUCAGCUCGCACAGUGGCACCGGUGAGCCGGACUUGACGUCAUCCACUGCGAUACCGCAGUACGGAUUACGCAACACGGUAGAUAUAGGCCAGCAGCAGCGGCGCCGUGACAUGGAGAUAAGCCCGGAGAAGGGUGAACGCGGUCAGCGUUCGAUGUCGGCACCUCCGGAGAACCGGCAGCAGCAGCAGCCACCGCAAUCCGGUCAAGGUCAGAGAUUUGUGUCCCGCGUGGACAUCACGCCGCAGCAUAAUCAACAACAGCGUGCCCAAUCGCCCGGCAAACCAACCAGCAAUGUUCGGCACAUCCCCAUCUUCGUGGAGGGACGUGACGAACCGGUGAUACCAAAAGUUGCACCUGACAACGGACCAUCCACUUUCCAUCAUCAACGACAACCUUCGCCGCCGCAUUAUUUCCAGAGACCGUCGCACUUCAAUGAUCACUUUGCCAGACAGCAGUGGCCGCCACCGCACUUCCAGAAUGCGUUUUAUGAAUCAACAGGCUUCGAGCAGCCGAAGCGCCGCCAACAAUUCCAGGAACAUUAUCAGCAACCUCAGAAUCACCAGCCACCACAGUACCAUCAGCAGCCUCAGUAUCAGCAGCCUCAAUAUCAGCAGCAGCAGCAGCAACCCCCGCAAUAUCACAAGCAAUACCAACAGCGGCAACAGCAGCAGCCUCAGCAAACUCAGCAGCAGCAGCAACAACAACAACAACAACAACAACAGGAGGUACCGAAACCAAAACCUGUGAUACUAAAAGACCCUCUGGAGAAAGUUGCUCUGGUACAGAAAGAAGUGGACGAUCUGGCUGAACAGGUGCGACAUUAUGUCGGUAAUUCUCGGCAAGACAAGGAGUACAUUUAUCUGGAUGAAAUGCUGACACGUGAACUGAUUAAGCUAGACGACAUCGAGACCGAAGGUCGGGAGAAUGUGCGGCUGGCGCGUAAAAAUGCUAUCAAGAGUAUACAGGACACUAUCAGUUUGCUGGAGACGAAAGUACCUCUUGCUGGCCAGCAACUUGUUGCACGAGAGAAGCAAGGACAAGAGGGCACCGAGAAGGAUCAACAAGGGGAGAAGGAAAUAUCACUGCCCGCGGAACCUAUGGACGUGGACACGAAGCAAGAAAAGCAGUCCAAUGAGCCGAUACCACUUCCUCCUGCGCCGUCGUCACCGACAAAGGCGAAGGUGGAACCUUCAGACAAUAACAAUGUAAUAGCCGAAUCUGCGAAGGAGAGUGUCCUUUCGGCCCAGCAGGACAUGGAUGUCGAACAGAAAAUAGAGAAUCACACAGCGGAAAGUACUACGGAGCAAACCAUCGCAUCGACGACAACGAGUGAAGCAGCGGAAGAAGUAACGAAGGAACCGAACGAUAGAAAGGACGGGGAACAACGAAAGAACAGCGAGGACGCAAUGCAAACGGCGACAAGGAACAAGGACGCGAUGUCAAAGCAGAGAGAAGAGUCGAAGGACGGAAAGAUGGAGAUGGAUGGCGGACAACGAAGCUCGACGUCGCCGAGGACGCAGAAAAAGACGAAGAAAACGAAGAAAAAGGAGCCGCAGCAGCAGCCGGUGUCCGAGCAGGCGAUUCCGUUGCCACCGCCGCCACCGACGGAGAGUGCAAAGUAGAACGACCGGAACGCUGAGAAAGUGUUGUACAGCCGGAUGUGGACACGUUGAUCCGUACGUGGACACGACUUGAUGGGGACGGAAGAGAGAGAGUUUUCGUGGGUCGCGAAGAAGCGCACGAGGCUCGGCGAGAGAAUUCCGUGAAUCUUAGAGGAACGUCGACUACGGAGAACCUUUAAUGGACAUCGAGUUACCGCGAAGUGGCUUGGCGAAUGUGCGAAGCACAUUCAAAUCGCUGCGAUAACUGAAGCCUUUUCUUUUCGAAUUUUCCGAUGCCAACCUGAAGAGUCCCUCCGAGUUGGAGUUUUCGAACUGGGCAGCGAACGAAUCCUACUACGCGCUUCGCUCGUCGUUGCCUUAAAAGAUGGGGCCUUUUUCCUCUUGUACAUUCAGCGGAAUAACCGCGAGUGAGAGCGAACCGGAACGGUAUUCGGCCGUACAUUCGCAGAUAACUGGCUUCCUCGGGAGAAUGGCCUUCGAUUUGAAGUUUUAUUCUAAACGGCUGCACCUGCACGUGUUCCGUUAUAUUUUUUCAACAGCUAAUUGUAAGUUAAGAAAAGACUUACGUGGGAACCUACACGCGGCGAGCGAAUUUUUCUCUCUGUCGAUGACAAUCGUCUUCUAAUUUAUUUACUGUUUGCGAAGUCACGGACGAUGAUGAUAGAUGUGAUGUAUCUAAUUUGUGCGGGAUAGGCUUGAGGUUGUGCGCAAAGAUGCAAUGAUCUUUUGUAAAUCCAAGGCGCGUUAAAAGAAUUCACGUGUUCAGGCGCAUAACUUGAGGAAUAUUCUGCAGAGAGAGGGAGGGAAAUGCAAUUUCCCAUAGCAAAGUGCUGCACACUCGUCUAUCGAGCAGACCAAACUACCACGAGGACAUUUACUUAAACAUCACGAAGAAAAUGCGGAGUUAUUAAUUCCGCGUAAAUCAAAUAUGUAAUUUUUAAGAAUUUUCGAGAGAUAGAAAGAAUCAUAAUCAUAUUUUGUGAAAUGACAUGAGAGAAUAGUAAAAUUGUAUUUAAUUAUAUUCAAUAAUAUAAUAACAUGAAAUCUUUGGCUUUUCACGUCUGCGCUUUUCGCGUAUUUUCAGCGGAACGCCAGGCGAAGAAAUUGGUCUGCUAAGUAUGAUUGUACAUACUUAUACUUGGUGUAGUAUUACGUGGAGUGUACACGUAAUAACGAUGACGAUAUAAUUAAGUUAAAAUAUUAAUUUGUAAUUUAUUGUAUGCCUGCCUGCGCGGGGCGAUCUCGCGCUCGCGAGUGUGUUUGUUCUUUGUUGAUUCGCUGCAUAUCGCACGCACAUCCAGCCAGUGUUACCGUCGUGCACGGAACUUUGUAUAUGAAGUACGUCCAUACUGUAGAGCCGAACAUUCAAAAAUACUGCGCGAUGCGUACCGCCCAAUUUCUAUCCAGAUUUGUACAGGAUGUUUCGCGACGCGUUCAAUCUGCGUGUGCGCUCAAUCAUAAAUGAUGAUUGCAACCAGUAAAGAGCUAUUUGAGGGUCGGUUGUUGUAAUAUCUGAUUUUAAAGAUUAUAAAGAGAAAGAAGUUUGCAUGCAAUCAAAUUUUCAAGAAAAACAUCUGCGUCCCGGAGGACAUGCAACUUGUGGAGCACCCUAUAUACACAGCGCUCCGAAUUUAGCGACCACUUAGAAUUCUCAGAGUGGCAGAUACGCGGUACUUAGAUCGACUCGGAACAGUCGAGAGAGAUUAAACCCUGCGAAUUCGAGGACCUGAUGUAUGGAUUUUCCGGAGCUCUUUCAAACAUUUCUUUAAUAUAGUCGGAGGAAAAGGGGAGAGAAAGAGGAGUGGCAGAUGGUGACGCGCAUCAUCUGGUUCCUUGUUCACGAUGAUACGUUUAAUUGUGCCCGUACGAUGACGUUUCGUUCUGCCAUCUUUUCCCAAAAACUGAAAAUUUUGUAUUUUCUUUUUUUCUGAUGCAAGAAAUGCGAGAGAACAUGCGAGAGCGGAAGUGCGCGUGAGAGAUACAGUAGAUAUAAAGCGGCGAAAGUGUGUGACUAUUUUAUGAGAUUAAUCAGUGAAAAUACAAAGGCUGCUCUGUCCUACGUUCGUUUCGUUCAUUCCCCUUAGACCCUCGGGGAAGUUAAUUAUAAAUGAUUUUCCAAAAAUUGAAUGUUUCUUUAUAUAUUGUACGAUAGGCCGUUACUGCGAAACUAAACAAUAAAAAUCGGUUUGUGCUACAUGACAAAA